UAAAGUGAAAGAAAACCAAAACGAAAGUAAAGCCGCCAUUUUACGAACAUGAUCGUCCGUCAGCAGCACCAAAUGAUGUCUACGACAAUGUAUACAGUAGGCCUGGACAUGGUUGUUUUGUUUGUUUGUUAUUAAUUGUCUAUAAAGAUGUACCUGCUUAACUUUCUUUUACUGUCAGUACUGCUGAUGAUCGCUGAUGGGUUUACACUGAAGGGUUCCUCAGAUCCUCUGGUUGUUCCUCUGGGAGGUUCAGUGGUUCUUCCCUGUUCUGUUGAUUCACUCUUACCACUGAAAGAUCUGGAAGUGGAAUGGAGAAGAUCAGACACACAGACUCUCAUUCAUCUGUAUCAAGAUGAAGAUAUUAGACCAGAGGCUCAACAUCAGGAUUAUCAUGAUAGAGCUCAUUUCUUCACUGAAGACAUUAAACAUGGAAACUUCUCACUACUGUUGAACAAUCUGACAGCUGAAGAUGAGGGACAAUACACAUGUAAAGUUCACAGUGGACACGAGUCUGGAGAAACUGAGGUGGAAAUUAAACAUGUUGAGCGUUUGAUAGUAUCUGGAUCAAGUCAGUCAAUAUCUGCAUCUGCGGGUGAGGACGUAACUCUAAGCUGCUCCGUGGACUCUCACAUCAAACCUGAAGAGAUUAAAAAGGUUUCAUGGAAGAAAACAAAUAAAGAUGAAGACAUCCUGCUUCUUCUCUAUGAAAACAAUAAAAAUCUAUCAGGAUCAUCAGAUGAGCGAUACAGAGACAGAGUUGAGUUCUUUACUGAUGCAAUCCACAGAGGAAACUUCUCUCUCAGACUGAAGGGAGUCAGGACUGAAGAUAAAGGAGUUUACAUCUGUCAAGUGUUUGCUGGAAGACUUUCAGCCAACACAACUGUAGUACUGGAAAGACUAGGUUUUUCAGCUCAACACAUCAUGGUGUUGAUCCUCUGUGUUAUUGCAUGUCUAUCUGCUCUUCUGUUCUGCCCUCUCAUCUACUCCACAUCAGAAAACACAACAAAACCUGUCAAGACUCUUGGAUAUUUUCAUGUGUUUCUUCCAAAUAUAAUGAUGUUUGUGGCUUUUAUCCUGUGGGGUGUGACAGAAGGAUUUCUGUAUGAGACCAUCUUCUGCUGUGCUAUUUGUCUUCUGAAGCCUCUGAUAGUGAUUUAUGUUGCACCCUAUUUAGAGGACAUUCCAGGUGCAACUGUAAUAACUGAAUUUGCCACUUUAUCAGUCAUUUAUUUUUCAGUUCUUUUUAGUCGUGCUUGGGAAACAGUUGUGCAUUCUGCAGUGUUUGACAAAGCUGUUGUGAUAAUCAUGUUUGGACUGGUCCUCCUGCUCUGUGUCAUCUCUUUAAUAUCAUGGUGUGAUAAGGAUGUCGGUGCAGUAGUUGCAUUCAGCUUUUUUUUUCUGCCUUCACUACAAUUCAGCCUCUUUUUCUUUGCUUUUGGAGCUGUUGGCGGAGCAGGCUUUUUUGUCAGUGUAUUUUUACCAAUGUUGUUUUUUCUGACAUUUUCCUGUUUGGAUGACAUAGAGAAGGGAAAGAAAACCUGUGUGAAUUUGCUCAAUAUUACUUCAUGGAUGAUCUUCAUGUUUAUAUUUAAUGCAGUAAUGGUAUAUUUCUGUGUUGCAUCACUGAAAAAUGAAAAAGAUGCUGCUGGAUGGAUCUGCACUACUGUAUUUGUACAAGUGCUGUGGAUGAUCACAAUGUACAUAGGCGCAGUUGGUGUUCUGGAUGUUCCCUUAAAAAAGUGUUUCUAUGUGUUUGGAUCAGUUGGUGUUGUUUUAUUCAACGCUGUUGCUCUGAUGACUGAACUGAUACUGAAAACAAUUAAUGGUGAUCGUGCUGUUGGGGAUUUGAGAAUUGUUGUUUAUUCAUCUGAAAGCCUCUUUACAUUAACUUUGCUGAUUUUCAUCAUGUUUGAACCCUGGUUCGAAAACUGCCUAAAGUGUCAACAGAAUGCUGACACACGGCAGCAGAACCAGGACCCUCAGAAUGCAGCAGAUGUUCAAGAACUGGAGUCUUUUUGUGCACCUGCAUCUGAUCCUAAUACCUGAAGAUCAUCAAGACCUCAGAUAUGUUGUACUGUAUGGAAAUUCUUCAAUGAGCCAAAGAGUGCGCACAUCAUUUCUCUCUUGUCAAGUUACACUGGCUCCCUAUAGCAGCUGGCAUCAAAUUUAAAGCUCUGCUCCUGGCCUUUAAAACCACCACUGGGUCAGCACCCCCUUACCUUCACUUGCUUAUACAGCCUUAUGUACCCU